CUUGCAAUUUGUAAAUAAUUAGCUCCUAUAAUUCAAGGGGCAAGUUAACUUAAUCUACUACUCUUCACAAACUGAGCUUUGCCAGCAAGUUUUCCAUUAAGCUCCACACCAGGAUUCCAUAAAUGGAUUGUAACAAUACUGAAAAAUCUGAAGGCCAGGUGCAAGAGAUUGAACAUUUGCAGAGGACCAACAAUGCCCUGGAAACUCAAAUUCAACAUCUGUUGGAAAGUAAAGAGGAUGUGACCAGCAAGAACGAGCGAUUGUGCAAAGAACUGACAGAGAUUGAAAAAUUUGCUGAACAGCUUGAAAAGGACAAAGAGACGGUUAUAAAUACUGCAGAUAAGGAAAUUGAAGAGACAAAGACUGUGAUUAAAAGACAGCAAACAGAAAUCGCCUUGCUGGAGGACACCGUAACUAAACUUAGAUCUGAAACAGAAUUUUUGAAGAUUAACCUUGAAAAAUCUGAUGAAAAACUGAAAGCCAAUGCAGAAGAGAAUAAGAAUUUACGUGGUUUGUUAGACCAGCUUCAAAUAGAAAAAGAAAAGCUCAGCAAGAAGGUUGAGAAGCUUGGUGUUUCAGAAAAAGAGCUUAUAUUGGCAGCUGAAAGGGCACCAGGAGACCUAAAGAGGAAGGACAAGUCUCCUUCUCGACUGGACUCCUUUGUAAAAACUUUGGAGGAAGACCGGGAUCACUACAAAAGAGAGGUAGAAAACCUGAGAAAGAUGCUAAAAGGAAGAAAUUCAAGUCCAGUACGCAGCAAAUCCAGAGGUCGUAGCCCAUCAAGGUCCAUGCCAGUUAAGGGAGGGACCUAUGAUUCGGAGGUGAUGCGGAUUAUGCAUGAGCGUGACGAGUUCAAAGCCAUGCUGGAAAAGUAUGAGCGUCACAUGGCUGAAAUUCAAGGCAACAUUAAAGUUUUAACAGCAGACAGAGACCAGACUAACAUUCUACAUGAACAGGCCCGGGAAGAGAUAACAAGGCUUCGGAGGGAGAUAAUCAAGUCCACAAAAACUCCUAAAUCAAGCCUUGCAGCACACUCCAUCCUCCGACGUGUGGAGGCUGAAAGGGACCAGGCAGCUGCUGACCUGCGGAGGAUGACCACCGAGCGGGACAGUCUGAGGGAGAGGUUACAGAUAUCUCACGAGACUGCUAUCAAUGAAAGGGCUCAUCUGGAACAAAGAAUAGAAGAUCUGCAGUCAGAAAUAAUCUUGCUGGACAAUGAGCGUCAGGAGUACAGGUCCAGACAGUCCAUGAUGAAGGAAGCAUUGCUGUCUCUUGAAGAGGAGGUCAAACUGAUGACUCGCAAGGCAGCAGACACAGAGGAUGACCUCGACAGGACUGGAACAGAAUGCAGCAUUUUAAGAGCAACAAAUAAGCAAAUGGAGCAGACCCUAAAUGAGAACCAGCUUCGACUGUCAGUGAAGAUCAAUGAACUGGAGGUUUCUCAGGAGAAACUCAAACGAAUGGAGGAAAAAAAUGAUUUACAAGCAAUGCAGAUUGCUUCGCUUCGAGAAGAGAUCCUGAAUUUUCAGAGUAUUAUCACCUCACUAGACCGGGAUAAGGACUCCUUACAGGAAACUGUGGAUACAAAGACUGAGCUGAUCUCUGCCUGUCAGAAAGAGAUAGAGGAGAAGGAAAAUUUCAUCAAGGAUUUGAAAAUUUCUAUUGAGAAAAUGGAGACUACAGCAAAGAAGUUGAAUGAGACUGUCAGCAGUCGGGAGAAAGAGAUUAGCAGUGUGCACCAGGAGCUCGACUCUGUGAAUGAAGAACUUGCCAAGACAGGCAGAGCCAAAGAGGCUGCUGUGCGGGAGUGCAGCCAGCUCCAAGAUGCUCUUUCCAAGGCCAGGCUUGAAAACCAGUCACUGCUCCGCAAGUUGGAUGAUUCUGAACAAGUAGUUAACAACCUGAAGCUGAAAGUUCAGGAUUACAUGAACAAUGUUGCUCGAGUAGAGAAUCUGCUUACAUCUAAGGAUAAGGAGAACCGUGAACUCCUGGAUAACUACUGUCGAGCCGUGUCUCAGUCUGAGAGCUGGGAGAGCAAGGCACACAAGAUGGAAGGGGAGGUCAGCUCUGUGAGGCUGGAGCUUCUUACCAGCGAGUCUGAGAAGCGAAGAUUGAAGGAAAACAUUGAAACCCUGGAGAGAGAUCUUGAUGAAUGCUUGGUGGCAAAGGAUGCCUGUAAAAAUCAGAUUUCCCAGCUGAACAAGAGCAUAAUGAGGCUAGAAGAUGAGCUGAGACAGACGCAGUCACAGAAAGCAUCUGUCUUCUCAGAUCUGGAGUCCACAAGGGAGCUUUGUAUCAAACUGGACACCAGCAAGGAGAUGGCAAACAGACAGCUUAGCUCCAAGAACCUGGAGAUGGAACAAGUGCUGAAUGAACUGGAGUCGAAACGCUCAGAAAUUGAGCUCCUGAAGAAGCAGCUGGCAAGUGAGAGGAUUUCCAUGAAGAACCUGGAGAGCCUGCUGGUAACCAACAGAGAGAAGGAAUAUCACAGCCAGAUGACCACUCAAGAGAAACUGUCUGAGAUCGAGCUGCUGCGAGACAAACUCACUUUGGCCGACAGCAAGAUAUUAAAUCAAAGUCGUGAGGUUGCUCAGGUCAGAAGCAAAUCCGCACAGUUGGAAGCAGAAUUGGAAUUGACUAAUCGGCAAUUAUCAACCGAGCGGUUUGAAAGGCAAGUAGAACGUGCUGUGAAUGAGCUUCGUCGCCACGGCCUGUCUGCCUCACGAAGCUCGACCUCUCCACCGAGAAGGUCCCUCAGCCCCAGAGCCGCCUACUUGCCUGAACGUUCCUUCCUGCGAUCCCGAGAACGCUCACUGGACAGGUCAUUCGACAGGAAUGUUUCUUUCAGGGACUUCUAAGACUACAUUAAUGAAAGAGGAAGCACGAUUGUGACUGUUAACUCUGUGCACAAUUGUUACCACAAAUCAAAUGUUCUGUCUGAAGAUAUUAUACCUUUACUGUGAAGAAAACUUGUUUUUGCCAAAAAUAUUUUUUCAGGUAAAUAAAAAAAAAAACCUAGGGUUUACAAACAGUAAAAUAAUAAUU